AAAAAGGAGAGUGAAUGUUUACAACUGAAGAUCCUGGUGCUACGUAAUGAACUGGAGAGGCAGAAGAAGGCACUUGGUCAAGAAGUAGCUUUGUUGCAUAAGCAAAAAAGUACUUUGCUUGAUAGAGAAAAUGCAUUUGGGACUGAAUGCCAGAAACUCCAAGAGCAUAAUGAAUCCCUGCAUGAAUUAAGGAAGGAAUGUACUGCUAAGAGAGAACUCUUCUUGAAGACAAAUGCCCAGCAGACUAUUCGAUGCAAGCAGCUGCUGUCAGAGCUAUCCUGCAUCUACCCUAUUGAUCUGAAUGAUCAAAAGGAUUACUUUGUUUGUGGAGUCAAGCUUCCUAAUUCUGAAGACUUUCAAGCAAAAGAUGAUGGAAGCAUUGCUGUUGCCCUGGGCUACACUGCUCACCUGGUUUCCAUGAUCUCCUUCUUCUUGCAAGUGCCACUCAGGUAUCCAAUAAUUCACAAGGGCUCCAGGUCUGCUAUCAAAGACAACAUCAAUUACAAGCUGACAGAGAAAGAGAGAGA